CGCCGCCCUCGGGCGGCGGCGGCGCUUCCCGUCUCCAUGGCAACGCGCAAACAAAUGGCGGCGGCCAGGCCUGAGCGGGGACGGCGCCGAUAGCGGAGUCUCCUCCGUCUCCUCCCUCCUUAUUGCAGCUCAUGGCGGGCGGCGAGGAGAACGGGACAGGAGACAGCCUCGGGGAGCCGCUUCCCCCUCCUGACGAGCCGCCGCAGCCCGUCGCUGAGGGGUUCCCCGAGGAGCAGCCGCGGCCCGGCCCGCCUCACCGCCAGGAUGAGCAGGAGGAGGACGGCGAGGAGGAAGAGUCGGAGCGCUCAGAGGGCCACUUGGAGGGGGUGUUGGAUGAAGACACUGCUGCUGAGGGACUCCACACCUUCGGCCGCUCAGCCCUUGGGACUGAAUAUGUUUAUCUUCAUCUGUCACUUCCAGGUCGUGAGUUGCGUGACAUCAGCAUUCUCUCUGGAUACAUUCACCUGCAGAAAAUGGAGCUUUCCUCCAAUAAAAUUAAUGAUCUUUCCUGCAUCAGUCACAUGCCUUAUUUAGUAGAGCUGAAUGCUUCCAAAAAUGAACUGACCACAUAUUUCAAUUUUAAGGCACCUAAAAACCUCAAGGAAGUAGAUUUUUCACACAAUCAAAUCCCAAAAAUGAAAGAUUUGUCAGCAUACCACUCACUUACCAAACUCCUGCUGGAUUUUAAUGAGAUUGAGGAGAUCAGAGGGCUGGAGGAGUGUCACAGCCUGACCCAGCUGGGUUUGUCACACAACAGGCUCGCUGCCGUCAGGGGCCUGCAGAAUCUGCCCAUCAGAAUCCUCAAUCUGAGCUUUAACCAGAUUGAGAAGGUGGAUGGGCUGAAGAGCUUGAAAACUCUGCAGAGGGUGGAUCUGUCCAACAAUAAAAUCAACAGUCUGCAAGGCUUGGAGGAACAUGACCUACUGGAGGUGAUCAACCUGGAGGACAACCAGGUGGCUGAGCUCAGUGAGCUUAAAUGGAUUGAAGAUCUGCCUCUCCUCAGGGUUUUAAAUCUACUAAAAAACCCUCUACAGGAAAAAGGUGAUUAUCGGCUCUUGGCGAUUUUCAUGUUGCUCCAAGUCACAGAACUGGAUCUCAAAAAGGUUUCAGUGGAAGAAAAGGUGGCUGCUGUGAAUGAAGAGGACCCUCCUCCAGAAGUUGUGGCUGCUGAAGAUCACAGGAUUCAGACUUUGAACAACGUUCGGCAGCCCCAGCGAGUCCUGGCCAGCACUUUGCCUGGUUUUGAUGAACCCUACCCCAUGUUGGUGUUACUGGGCCCUGUGGCCGGUGGGAGGAGGCAACUUUCUCUCAAAAUUUGCAGACAAUUCAAGAAUUUCUUCAGAUUUGGGCCCUGCCACACCACCAGGACAGCUUAUUUUGGGGAAGAAAACAGAUUUGAUUAUUAUUUCAUUUCUCAAGAAGAAUUUGACAAAAUGGUGAACACAGGGAAAUUUCUGGUAACCUACAAAUACAGUGGCCACAGCUAUGGACUGGGAAGAGACACGGUGGAGUCCAUAGCCAGGGAGGGGCUGGCUACCUGUGUCCACCUGGAAAUUGAGGGCGUCCGUAGCUUGAAAAAGACCCACUUUAAACCCAGGUACGUCCUGUUGGUACCAAAGGACAAAUGGAAAUAUGGGGAACACCUGAGGAGGACAGGAUUGUUCAGCAGGCCAGAGAUUGAAGAGGCAGUGUCCAGAGUGGAUAUGUACCUCCAAAUAAACCAGGACUGCCCUGGGUACUUCAGUGCAGUCAUCUACACGGAUGAGCUGGAUGAGGCAUUCACAGAGCUGACUCGCCUUGUCAAGGUCUACCUGGGCUUGGAGCCACCUGACUCUGUGGACAACGUUCAAGGAACCAGGAGCAGGGCAGGUUCCAGAAAUCAGCUCUUCCCAGAGGAAAAGUUGUCCCCGGGCAAGGGAACUCCUGCGCGCUCUCGGACUCCGUCCUUCGGUGGCCUCUUGGACCCUUCUGCCAAAAACUGUCCCAGAGACCUCCAGGAUUUGCUGACUGCACCUCCAGGCUCUGUGGAAGAAGCCUCUCUCCAAAGACGUUUCUCUGCAGCACAUCAGCUGCUUCUUUUCCACAGGGAUUUGGAUCCUGAAUCCGGGCGCUCCCAUCAGCAGCUCCCCAAACCAGUCCCACCUCUGUCCUCAGGGGCCAGCAGUGGCCUCCAGGAGCAGAACUUGCCCCGGGCUACCCCAGAGAGCAGGAAUAAACUAAAAAAAGCCAUCAAGGGCUCCAGGGGAUUUGGGCGUGUCAGGGCACACGUUUCUGUCCCACCUGAUGCAGCUCCUGCCGGAGUGGACCAAGUUCUGUGGACCAAGCUUCCCGUCCCUCAGAGGCACCUCCCUGGAGAAGCCAGAGGAGCUGGAAAAGGAGUGGGCACCUCAAAAGAGGCUGAAGGGCGUGGUGAGAACCUCCUGAGGAAACGCAGCAAGGCCAAGAGCCUUUUGCCUCAGCAGGUUCCUCCUCAGAGCCCUUUCCCUGCACAGAAAAUGGGAUUUUGUCCCAGUUUGGAGCCAUGGAAGAGUCAAGGGUUUUGUUGAUUAAAUUGGAUGAAUUGCA